GCAGAUAUCAAGCCGUUCGGGGAUCUUCCCGGCCCCAAGGGCUGGCCCAUAUUCGGAUCGUUCCCAGAAUACUUUAAGAAAGAGAACCAGGGCCAGAUGCACGAACUGAUGGUGAGUAUAGUAGACACUUUC